AUGGAAACUGGUCAAGAUGCAUUAACUAUCUCGGGUCCUUUACAGAUAUCUAGCGCUCAACUCAAUGCAGUCGAACUGACUGAUUCAACGCAGAAGUUUACGGCAAAAGCUUACGAGCGUGUCCUUCCGCAAAGCGAAGUUCAUUGUAUUGAGAGAACGUCACAAAAGCUACGAUCCCUUGACAAGAUCAUCCAUAUAUGGGUACGAGAUGCUCGAGCGUUUCGACAUGGGAUCGAGAGCGCAAUUCCGUACUUCUCGCUGCGAAUAGCAGACUCCAUUCUUGUUUGGGAACUUCGGAGUCUUGUGCAAGAACACUUUACGGCUCUUUCAACAUAUCGCAAAGAAGUGGACGGACCCUUGACCCUCUGUUUUAAUGACCAAAUUUUAAACGACAAAGAAAGCUUUUUGGCGUAUCUUCAAAGCAGCACUACGCUUGAACAUGCAAACCUGACAAACUCAAAAAGCCAUCAACAGCUUUCGUGGCCUAAACCAUUUGCUGGGAUUUUAUGGGUGGUACCGUGGCGACCAGCUCGAAAACAGCCAUCAGGCUACGAAAAUAUGUCAUACAGUGGAAAAAGCGGUCAAAAUUAA